AUGGAGACUUUCCAAUUUAUGGUUGAUGCAGUUAGGUCUAGAAUUGUGAAUUGGAAGAAUACGUUUCUCUCUAUUGCGGGGAAAGAAGUGUCAAUCAGAGCUGUUUUGAAUGAUCACUUGCAAGGACAUUGCCCAACUGUGUGCCAACUUUUGGUGGAGCAUAGGAGAAGAUCAGAACAAGGGCAUACACUGAAAAGCAUGGAGAGACCUUACAAUGUCAAAGGAGCUGGGAGGGUUGGGUUUUUAGGAUGUUAUUCUUUUCAACCAGGCUUUGUAGAUCAACAAUUGUGGAUGAUUGAAACUAAACCAGAUCUUUUGGUGAGCAGAAUGACAAAGGGAAGGUACAUUGCAGAACACUCGAUUUUUAAAUGUAAGAAAACACCAAACUCUCCUAGUUAUAUAACUGAUCGCUAG